UAUUUCAAAGCAAUUAAUGUAGCUUGUCUUGCUUUUUAAGUAAAUUUGUUAAAGUUUGCUAGUAUUGCAGAUGGUGUCGUCGUUGUAGCAAGUAUGAGUGCCAGCUUUUUUACAUCUUGUCUCUUAUUCCUCAGCUUUCUUUCAAGCAUCAAUCUGGCUUUGUGCUGGAUUUUACGACUUCCUUGCAAAACAGAGGCGAAUUUCACCAUAUCAGCAGUUGGGUAUGCCCUAGAGCACAACGUAUUGAUGAAACUGACGCUUCCUCUGGAUGAAUGCAGGGAAAAUUGCAUUUAUACAGCUCACUGCAAAUCUUUCAAUUAUAAGCAAUCUGGACUCGAAAAUUGCGAGCUGAACAGUGAGACAAAUGUAACGAAACCAACCAAUCUGGUUCAAAAAAGUGACUGGACAUACUUCGCAACAAACCAGUUUACAAGGACUAUAGGAUCUCUAUGCCAGAAACUUAGGCCCUGCAGUGCACAGCAAUUCUGUAUUGACGACUGUGCAUGCCCGGGUUAUCGUUGUGUCCGUUGUGCGCAGGCUUAUGAAGCCUCCUUUGGAUGGUUUGACUCAAGCAAAUUUCAGCCAUCUUGCAAAAGCAUUCAAGCUUCGGGCAUCACAACAAGUGGAAGUUAUUCGCUUGAUGGCAUUGGAAAUCACUACUGCAUGAUGGGUGGCGACUGUGGACCAGGAGGUUGGACACUAGCAAUGAAGCUUGAUGGGGCAACGAAUAUUUUCCACGCAGCCUCAGCGUUUUGGGCCAAUGAAGACUUGUACAACUCUGCAUCAACAGACCUCAAUGAUGGAAAUGCCAAGUUCAAUGCAUUUAGCAGAAUAGGCUUCGAUUAUGUGUGCAUCGGAAUGAAGUCUAAGGGUGACGCAAUAGAGAACAUCAAGUGGCUAAAGAUACCAAAAUCUUCAUGUUCUUUGUUCGAGAUCUUUGCACCUGGUGAAAGCUCAUUUACGAAUAUCGCUAUUGAAAAAUGGAAGGUUUUGGUACCACAAAACGGCAACCCCCUGCAAGGUAACUGCAAUAGGCAAGGAUUCAACAUUAAAACAGAUAAUCAACAAAGUAUUUUCGGUAGAAUCGGCAUAAUGGGUAACAAUGAAAAUGAAUGUAUCUCGCCAGAUUCUGGAAUUGGAGUGGGUCUAGAUGGACGUAUUGAUACAACUUACAGUGGAACUCGCCAUGCCAAAAAUCAGGCUUACAUUUUCAUCCAAUAGUGUUGUGUCUAAGUGAUUUUGGAUGUCGUGCACUUUUGCAUAGUAAGAAACUCUUGUUGAUGUUUGCCCAUGCUUUGCCAAACCUUUUACCCAACGUUCUUUUAUACAAAAGAUAUUUUAUCCUCUGAAUAUUACAAAACAUAAAACAAACAUAGAAGAUUUUGAAUUGUUGUUAUUUUAGUAAGUAGCCCAAUCAAUAAAACGUUUCUAUUCAGUUAACACUGCAAGAAUUUUCUCAAAGAUAUUCCAAUGGGCGUUAAUUACAGAAAAUAUGAUUCUCCGAGGUAAUAAAUAAUGGCGGGGGGGGGGGGGGCAGGCGUUGGCUCAAAUGAAUGGGAAUCAUAGCCAAGUCUAAAGUUUGAACUUUUAGAGGAGAAGUAUUGUUUGAAGUAAUUACAUCGACAUAUUGAAUUUCGAUAAUUCAGUCGAACAUUUGUCGAUGAAACAGUGGGACUGAGUUUAAAAAACGAUACAUUCAUUUCUGAUCUAGGAGUGAAGAUAGAUAGCAUCAUAGGAUUUUUAUCUUAUAAUAUUCCUAGUUGUCUUGGUUCAAUUGUUAUUACAUCUUCAUUUACCAGUUUCUGGUCAAUUUUAGGUUUUUUUUAAUUUUGCCACUUUGCUCGAAGCUUUGUAAAAUUUCUUUGUGUUGAUUUAUUUCACUAUUCGCAUAUUUUCAGAAAGCUACUUUAAAGGCAAUCUGUCUCGUUUUGGAUUGGUUAACGAGAACAAUAGCUGUAACAAUAGCCUAAACACGAUUCCAGCGCUCCGCCAUAUUUUUUACAAUGCGAAAAAUUAAAGGGAGAUUGGAAACAAUAACAAUCUCUUUGUUCUUAUAACUAAUCAACGUCGUGACAGAUCGCCUUCAAGCUUGAUAAAUUCGAUUGAGACGAUUUUAGUUUACCAACGUUGGCAUGUAAAUACUCUAAGUCAAAUUAGUGUAUUUAUGCAUUUAGUUUAUUGAGUCCUAUUUGCACUGAGGUUGUUUUCAGAAUUUUUUGGUUCAUAUUCCACUCGAUUAACAAAAAUUGACAAG